GGGGUUAGUGUGUUCUUCAGUAGUGCGAGCUAGUGUCCUGAACAAGCUUUCUUGUUCCUCUCCUCCCUUCUAACCUUGUCCUCUCGACUGCUCGUACCUCGCUAGUCUUGUUACAAUUGUUUUUCCUCAACGUUGCUCUGCGUUUUUGCAAGGAUUCGGGAUUGCAUAUCGUCUGAGUAAGGAUAGUUGCAAUGUCUACCCCUUCACUCUCACACCGCCUUUCGGCCUUCACUUCCCUUCUAUCUGGCACUAGAAAAGAUGAUUUGCGAGGGAUUUUCUGUGGUAGCCCUUUUAUUUCAAGGAAUUUCACGGUUCGGUUCGUUAGCAGAGAAUUCACUGAAUCUUCUAAAUGGGGGCGUCUAUCUAUUAGACAAUCGCCGGCUGUAAUUCCGAAGAGAGGGAGGUCGAUAUCGAAUGAUGUACGUGUUAGAUCCUCUCAAAAUGAGCACAAUGCAGACUUGGAUCCACUAGGGGGUGGCGAUAAACUCGUGCGCGUCAUUUCCAAGGACGCCGAGGUGUCAGUACUAAGCCUCGUGGCUACUGAAGUCGUGAGGGAGGCCCAGCAACGACACAAUACUUCUCCAACUGCAUGUGCAGCGUUAGGACGUACGCUAAUGGGUACUCUUCUCCUAGGAGCACUCAAAGGUGAUGCAGAAACCGUUCAGGUGCUUUUUAGGGGAAAUGGUCCUCUAGGAAAUAUGACUGCAAUUUCUGCUGAUGAAGGUCAUGUAAAAGGCUUUGUUGUCAAUCCCUCAUGUGAUCCUCCCUUGAAGGAUAAUGGCAAGCUGAAUGUGGGGUUGGCAGUUGGAUCUGGUGUACUUAGCGUUGUACGCAACAACCGCAACUGGAAGCAACCUUACACAGGGACGGUACCUAUUUAUUCUGGUGAAAUUGCAGAAGAUAUAGCACACUACCUAGCAGAUAGUGAGCAGAUGAACACUGCGUUGGGACUAGGCAUUGGAUUUGACAAGGAAGUAGGAAUUAGAUUUGCUGGAGGCUAUUUAGUUCAGGUAUUACCAUUUUGUUCAGAGGAGACCUUAUCUAGGCUCGAAGAAAACAUCCUCAAAAUGAAGCCUUUAUCCGAUUCUCCUAGUGAACUUAAGGCAUCUGACAUUGCGGAAGCAAUACUUGAUGGUAUUGGUGCGGGUGACUACAAUGAUACAAUAAUUCCGAGGUAUGGACCGUGUGGAGUAGAAGAGCUGAAACCCCGUAUGCUGCGCGCUGUGGCAUCCAUGGAACCGGCUGAAAUCCGGGAGAUUUUGGAUGAGCAAGGUGCUAUCGAAGUUAAGUGCGAGUUUUGUAAUGAGUUGGUUCAGUUCAAAGAGACUGACCUUCAGCAAGUUUUGCUGUCAGCAUGAGAUUCACAGAGGCCUUAAACUCUUGAUUAUGAGCUAUUUAUUCAUCAUUCAGUAAUACUCGAAGAAGAUAUUACCGGCUUUAGCAGCAACCAUUUGUAGUGUAGCAUACAGAAGAUGCCUUUCAAUAAUUUCCUUGUCAUUCAAGAUACUCGGAGAUAGAUCCGUUGUUUCCUGGACCUGGUAGCAGUGGCGAUCCCGUAUGAUGCUCAACACGGAGGUCGUAAAGAUGUACAACUUUGACUGAUUUCAUUCUAAUUGCAUUGGAGCGUUUUAAGAAACAUUUGCAAGGA